CACUCAAGCAGCCAUGAUGAAGUGCCUGCAAAUCUGGAAACGAUAUAAUCCUUAUCAAGCAACUUACGGAGCUCUACUGGAUAUCGUUCUGCAUGGGAAUGGGGAAAGGAGACACAGCUCAUCAAAUCUGUCAGCAAUUGACCCCACGUAAGAGAUACUAUCUUCGGUUUUACAUAAUAAUAAUCUGAGAAUAACGAUACAUAUACAUAAAUCUACCAAGCUUCAAAGCAGUGCACCUAACUCAUACAUGCACACGUGAGACUGCAUUUUUUUAAGCAAUAGAUUAGCUAGCAAACUACAAUGUAUAUGCAUGCAUCAUGCAUUGUCACUUGGAGCAGAGAUAUAUUUGGUAAAUUAUGCAUGUAUGUGUAUACUGAUAGAAAAAACACACGUUCUGCAGCAGUAGCACAGGGGCGGAUCCAGAGGUAGUUUGUUGGGUUCGUACGAACUACCCUUCCACUAAGUUGAUACUUUAUAUUACACCUGGCUAGCUAUAGCUAGCUAGCUAGCUUACUGUCGUGACAAUAGGGUACAAAGUUCUCUCUGCAUAAUGUGAGGGUGGGGCUGGUACUCUCUGCAUAAUAUGAGGGUGGGGCUGGCUAUAUUGACUCAUCCAGCCAUGGUCGCAGUGAUAAUUGAGCCUGGCCAUGAAUCCUAACAAAAGGUCUAGAUUGCAACCCUCCAUUGACUCCUGGUUUAAGAAGAGUAAAGUUUCAGGUAAGGGAGAGUUCAUGGCACUGCAUACUGAAUGAUAGACACUGUAUAGAUUAAUUAUAAUUUCUAUAAUAAUAAUAUAAUAAUCUAGAUGAUGCGGCAAGUCUACAGCCAGUCUCCUCUUCAAGAGAACCACCAGCCACCACCGUCUCUCCUCCAGUCAUCAACGUCUCUCCUCCAGCCACCACCGUCUCUCCUCCAGUCACAACCAUCUCUCCUCCAGUCACAACUAUCUCAGGCUCCACUGGAACCACCAGCCACCUCCAUCACCCCUCCAUGUUCAUCGAAGCAAGCAACGAGAUGUUCCGCUGAGGAUCAGCCAAUGGACAUUGGUGCUCUCCUGAAAGAGAAGAAAGUGCAAUCACUAUCCCAGAGCAUGAGAAUGGCUUUGCCUUGUGUUCUUUCAGAUAUUAUAUAAUUUAUGUUUUUAUACCUCGAGGCGUAGCCGCACGAGGGAUAUGGUAAAGCUGACUGUGUGUGUCUGUUUGUUGUUUUUGUUGAAGGGGAAUGUGGUUAAUUAAUGGGCGUGGCAUGUAAAAGGGGCGUGGUCAGCCAAAAAUUUCGGCCGAGUGACACUUUCUUGUCCGCGCUUUGCGCAGCCAAGAAGUAAGAACCCCCUUCCCUAAAUCCUGGAUCCGCCCCUGGUAGCAGCUAGGGUUGCAUUUGCACGAAACUAACCAAAUCCACAAUUAAUUUUUAAGCCUAAAUUAUACCAGCUAACUGAUUUUAUAUCCCGUUGCUACGUUGUUGCUAAGUGCAGUAUGCAGCAUAAUGCACUGCUGAAAGUCAUAAUGCACUAACCGCAAAGUCAUAAUGCACUAACCACAAAACGCCCCUCUGGGCAUCAGACAGACAAUUAAAUUAAAAUAAUAUUGUAUCAUGAGAAAUAACAAGUAUCAAUUAAAGUAAGUCCAGCCAUGCAGGAAUGUUCAGCACUGCUGGAGUUUUUUCUUUGCAACCAUGCAGGUUUUAAAAUUGUCCAAGGCUCAUUUUGUGGAAGAUUCUGUGUUCCUAGUCCUCGACUUUGUGAUGCAUGUCAAUUCUGCUUCACCAUAGCACUAGAAGCGGCUCUUUUUGCUGGGGGCUUGAGCUGUUUUGCAGCAGUGUAGAGGCGAGCUUCUUUGGCUUGGUUAUGAUGCCGAGGAUAGUGGAGGGCUGUUCGAGCAGCAUGCAGUUACACUAAAUAGUGGGGUGGGGCUGUUUCUUCGCAGCAGUAGUAAGUAGGGUGGGGCUGUUUCUUUGCAGCAGUAGUGGGGUGGGGCUGUUUUGCAGUGGUUUCAGCGUUGGAACUCCCAACAAUUUUGUAUCAAGCUAUUCGUCGGUCAUGCCAAUCUUAUACGCUGCAUAUACUGGCGUCUAUAGUGAUCAAUUUCACUGUUUCUAUGCACAGCACAUUGUAGCAGUCAAGACAGAUCUCCCUGGUGUUGAAGCUGUAGCCCACACUCAUGUGAUUGUUACCAACUCAUCCCAAACCUUUGUUUGGGAGGGCCAUGUGUUCAAACUCCACAUACCCCAGGACUCCCUGCCAGCUGGUGUUGAUCAGUGUCGACUAGAAAUCAUGGCCAGUGUAGCUGGACCGUACAAGUUUCCUGACAAUCUCCAGUUGGUCAGCGGUGUCUUUUGGUUGCGUCCUCAUCCCCCGGGUCAAUUCCAGCAGCUGCUGACAGUUGAAAUACAGCACUGUGCCAAGAUUACCGGCUCCUCCAAGCUCUCAUUUGUAAGAGCACUUUGCUCCCAAGAGAGUCUGCCCUACACAUUCAAGCAGCUCGAAAGACGUGACUCGUUUGCAGAUCGGGCAUCGUACGGUUCACUAGAGCUCUCCCAGUUCAGUGGACUGGCGGUAACAGGAGAGGAUCUGGAGAGAGAGUACAUUGCCAGCCUCUACUACCUUGGCUCAGAGCUGCAUAGCAGGGAAAUACAUUUCGUUGUCAGCUGGAAUGAUGAAAUUCAUAGAACACGUGUGAGUGAGGAGUACUCCUCUAAAGACGCUAUUCUCGGAGUGAAUCAUUUUGUUGAGUUUGAGAAGGACAGAAUAACACUGGAUAUUCCUGAUGAUGAAGUCAGUGGAGGGUGGAAAAUAACGCCCAUGUUUCAUCCUACGGUAAUGAAGAAGCAUGUUGAUCAGUUCAAACCUGGACAGUCGAUUCCGCACUGCCACUUGAAAGCUAAGGUGACAAGCGACCAUGAGGUGUCUCCUCCCGAGCUACUCCACAAAGUCAAGCUAGUGGGUGCAAAGGAUCCCUUCAAAUUCAUCACUCUUAAUCUGGUCCUCCAACAAACUCUUCCAGCUGUAGGAUCAUCUGCUCAACCAGUGAGUACAGCGCUUCAACAGCUGAUGGACAAAUGUCCGCUCACUACUGCCCAAGUCAACAGGGAAAUCCAGCAAGAAGAUGUAUCAUAUUUGGCUCCCUGUUUCGACUAUGUGGAGCUCUAUGUCGAUGCUAUGAAAUUAACCCCUGGAGAACAAAGUGAUGUCCAGUUGAAAAAGAGUAACCACCUAGCUAUGAUCGAGUGUUUGAAAAUCUGGAGAGGAAAACAGCGCUCACAAGCGACAUUCAGGGCCCUUCUGGAAAUGUUAGUAAAACUGAGAAAAGGGGAGAUUGCUGACCUAGUCUGUCAGUACUUGAAAUGUUUCACUGUCAAACUGAAAACUGUACGUCCUACACCCACCAGUCAUUGAUAUAAGGAGCUGUGAGAAGGUGCACGUACGUAAUACAGCACUCCAUAUCGACUGUAGAUAUAUCAGAACAGAACCCUUAUAGAUUAGCUUGUGUAGGUUGUGUUGUACAUUGUAUAUGUUUAGUUUUUAUAUGCAACGAACCAAUUAAGUUGAAAAGGCUUCUUAUUGGAUUUCCCGCAGUUACUUUUGACUUUUAAUUUCCCUCACGGUGCC